AAACUUACCUUGAUCUGGAAAAGAGUAAUGGCUCAACAAAAUCUUUUCACCUCCAGCAGCAGUCAAAUCCUGCUUUUGUUGAGAUACAACCUCCAGUAUCCACCUCUAAAUUGGGAAUUGAAAAGUUAAUUAAGGUUAUUAAUAAAAUGCUUCUCUAG